GCAAAUUCCCUCAAAUUCGAGGCCAGGAGUACGACUACAAGAAUAACAUCGUGACCAUCAAAGUGGUAUGUGUUGGAAUUUAUACAUAAAUUGUAUAUACAUUCUAUUGGUUAUGAAUAAGAAGUGGGUCAAGGAAGAAAGGAAAAAAGGGAAGUUGAAGAGGUGUGUGGGUUUAAGAAGUUCCACGUUGGACAAAUAGUAAGAGGGGAGAGAGUUUAUAAGCUUCCACCUCACACUCCUAAAUUGGCCUUUGGGUCACUACACAUUUUGUAGAGGGGGAGGAGCUAGGUGGGCUUAGGUCCGGCCCGCACGCACCGUCGUCCGUCCGGCUGGUGCGGCGGAUCGUACAUGUUUGUUAAAUAAAUUUUUUUUAUUAAAUAAUUUUUUAAUUUUUUGUCCAAAAUACUCCUGUGACUAUCCGUUGCUUCCCUCCAAUUUUUCAAACUCAAACGUUUCUACCUGCUGAUUUUUUGAACGUUUUGAACCAAAUCGGUUCUUACCUUUCGUGAACCGGUCACCGGUUGUAUCUGUUCACCGAAUUGGUCACCGAUCGUUCCCGUUCGCAGUCAUCAGUCACGGCGGUUCGUCGCCGGCGGCGGUUCAUCGUAACCGUGCCACCAUUUCUCAGACGAAAUCCGUUCUAUCCUGGGAGACACUUGUCCAUCAACCUUUGGCAUCAGUGCAGGGACAAAUUGUUUUAAGGAUACACAUUCUGUGGGCUCAGAUUUUUUUCCAUUACUCUGCAUACAUUCAUCUGUCUGUUCCAUUAUACUGACAUCAAGUAAGUCUGGUCUAAUUUCUAUAAUUGCAUUGUGUUUGAUAAUUUUGAUCAUUAAUCUCUUUUGUUCUACACAUGGAUUCAAACCUUUUAGUGAUAUCACCCACUGUCUACUGUAACCCUGAGAAGUUAAGGGACAAGCUUUGCUGCAAAGGUUGUGGUUCUAUCAAGAGCAAUGAAAUUGUGGAACCUUCGAAGCCCAAGGAACCAGAGAAGCCUAAGGAGCCCGAAAAGCCCGAGCAACCAGAGAAGCCUAAGGAGCCCGAAAAGCCUGAGCAACCAGAGAAGCCUAAGGAGCCCGAGAAACCAAAGGAACCAGAGAAGCCUAAAGAGCCUGAGAAGCCCAAAGAACCCGGGAAGCCUAAAGAACCAGAGAAGCCAAAGGAGCCUGAGAAAACUGAGAAGCCGAAGCCUCAACCACCUCCUCAGGUUCCCGUGUGUCCACGGCCACCAGAACCACUACCGCCGGUGGUUGUUCCGAUUGGGGUAUGCUGUGGGUCAUGCUAUGAAGGUAGGCCUGGUGGGCCAUGCUUUCAUGGUUACGGUGAGCCACUGCCAUGUUAUGGAAGACCUGUUUAUGAUAGUUAUGGUGGUGGCAGACCUUGUUACGUGAGCCGUUGUGAUGAAUAUUUCUGUGAAGAAAACCCAUCUGCCUGCACAAUUAUGUGAUAUCUCUCUCUCAUUCAAAGCCAAGCUCUACACUCCAUCCAUUGGAUCUGGCCAUUCUUGCAACUGGACUUUUAUUAUUGGUUAUCCCAGGAUUAAAUAAUCUUUGUUUUUGUUAUUACAAAUUAAUAACGGUGUUUCGGGGGGAAUGAAAAUGAUACGAGGAGCUUAAGAAAGAAUAAAAGGCGUGUUAUAUUAUUGUAAUACUUUCAUAAAUUAGUGAAAGUUUCUUUCUUUACGUACAAUUUAAUUACUAUAAAUCUAGCUAAUUUGCAUGAUGGAUUUGCUUCUAAGUAAGGGUGAAAAUUGAUUUGCUCUGAAAGGAACUGCUUUGGUGGGUAGU